AUGAAUAGAAGCCUCUGCAUUUUCCUCAUCCCUGUUUCUCUUCUUCUAUCAUGCCUGGUACAACACAUUCAUGCAACCCAAUACAUCGUAACGAACACGGUCCCCAACACCCCGGGCGGCCAGUUGUUCGACACUGAAAUCGGUGUUGAUUUCACCUUAUCAAUCAUGCCAGCCAUCAACAAUUUCAUCCAUCAAGUCUUUGAAGAAAGUAGCCCUGAAGAUAGAAGGGACGUCCCUGUUUUGAAUGUAUACAUCUCCGAAUUCCCCGGUUACGCAUAUAAAAACGGUGACAACAUCAACAUAAGUGCCUCGGCAAUGUACAACAUGUACCAGCCUAGGUCGGUCUCAAAGUGGAUGUUCAUUUCUGUAUUGACUCAUGAGAUGACUCAUGUGUUCCAGUGGCAUGGUAAUUUUGGAGCUCCCGGUGGCCUCACGGAGGGGACUGCAGACUACGUGAAGGUCAAGUCGGGCUACUACAGGCAGGCUUAUUAUACUAAGCCCGGUGCAGGUAAGAAGUGGGAUGAAGGGUACGGUGUGACAGAGAGGUUUUUGGAGUACUGUGACAGUUUGCUUCCAGGUUUUACUGUAAAACUGAAUAAGAAGAUGAGGUACCAAUACAACAAUGCGUAUUGGGUUGAGUUGCUCGGGAAACCCGUGGAAGAGCUCUGGGGAGAGUACAAAGCCAAGUAUGGGAACCAACCUUAA